AUGCCACUUUCGAUUCAAGUGGCUCAUCCUCCUCCAUUUUCUACUCCACCGCCUACGCAUUCUACUGUGCCUCUUAUGCAUACUGCACCCAUAUCUGGAUAUUUCACUAGAUUACUAUCCACACCUCCAUUUUCUUCAUUCCCACCCAUGUCCGAGCCAUCAUUUAUUAUUCCUCCUAGAUAUACACCCUAUAUGCAACUAGGUGAACCUAGUAACCCUCACCCAACACAUUUUCCUAUGCCUUCCAUGCAGCUGAGUGAACCUAGCAUGCGACAUUCUAUAAAUCAGUAUGAUAGACGACUUGCACUAUGGUUGUCAGAGCAUCCUGGAUUAUCUGGACCGUCAUCGGGAUAUCCUACUGAUCCUAGUGUGGGUUUUCGUACUUGGUAUGAUGUAUCUGGCAUAAAGAAGAAAAAUGGGAGAGUGUAUGGUGCUGGAGGGUACGCCAAAACUAUCAAACAGCGUGAUAGGUCUUUCAGAAUGAGACUUGCUGAUGGAGAAGGAACAUCAACUCCACCAAUAUUAACUGCUGAAAUAUUUGAAACUAUGAGAAACUUAGAAAAUACUGAGGCAACACAUAAAGUAACAGCAAGAAAUGCAGAAAUAGAAGAAAUGAAGAGAAAACAAAUAGAGAUGCAAGAAGAAAUGAGGAGAAGAGAAACAGAGUUGCAGAAAGAAAUGAGGAGGCAAACACUUGAGUAUCAAGAAGCUAUGCGGAUUACAAAUGAGCGGGCACAAAGAAUUGAUCAAUUUUUUGCUUCACAAAAUUCUGGUGGUGGAUAUGGAGGAGUCAGUGGAUAUGAAGGAGUUGUUGAAGAGGAAGAGAUAGAGAAAGAGGAAGAGGAUGUUUGA